AUUACAGUCACCGUGUCUUUGUUGGUACAGCACACAUUUCGAAAUGGCUCUCCGAGUAACCCGAAACCGCUUGGCUUCUACCAGGUCUGACCUCGGUGGAAAGGCUUGUACGGUGAACGGGCCCACACUGAAGCCCCGAGCGGCCCUGGGCGAAAUUGGAAACAUUGCAAUCAACAAAGAACCACUGAAAAAGAAUAUCAAGACAGAGGCGGUUAAAAAGCCCAAAGUCACCACCAAGGCUGAAAAGGUUGUGGUUGAAAAACCAAAACCAGAAAAUGUUGCUCCUGUUAAACCUGAGCCAGAGGAGCAGGUUCCCCCUGAACCAGCAUCACCCACUCCAAUGGAGACUUCAGGCUGUGAGCCUGCCGACUUAUGUCAAGCAUUUUCCGACGUCAUUCUUCACACCGCCAUCAGGGAUGUGGACGCAGAUGAUUAUGACAACCCUAUGCUCUGCAGUGAAUAUGUGAAGGACAUCUACAAGUACCUCCGACAGCUUGAGGUUGAGCAGGACAUCAAACCUGCUUAUCUGCAGGGUCAGGAAGUGACUGGUAACAUGCGGGCCAUUCUCAUUGACUGGCUAGUGCAAGUGAACCUGAAGUUUCGUCUGCUGCAGGAGACGAUGUACAUGACAGUGGGAAUAAUCGACCGCUUUCUUCAGGACCACCCAGUCCCCAAGAAGCAGCUGCAGCUCGUCGGUGUGACUGCCAUGUUCCUUGCAUCCAAAUAUGAGGAGAUGUAUCCACCAGAGAUCUCUGACUUUGCCUAUGUGACGGACAAGGCCUAUACCACUGCCCAGAUCAGAGACAUGGAGAUGACAAUCCUGCGGGUGCUCAAGUUCCAACUGGGCCGGCCUCUCCCCCUCCAGUUCCUCAGGAGGGCCUCAAAGAUUUAUGAGGUGACUGCAGAUCAGCACACCCUGGCAAAAUACCUCCUGGAGCUCACCAUGGUCGACUAUGAAAUGGUUCAUUUCCCACCUUCCAUGCUGGCGAGUGCUGCCCUGGCUCUUACCCUGAAGAUCUUGGAUGCUGGAGACUGGGAUGUGACACUGCAGCACUACAUGGACUACACAGCAGAGAGUUUGAUUCCUGUGAUGGCACACAUUGCCAAGAAUGUUGUGAAGGUGAAUGAAGGGCAGACCAAGCACAUGGCUAUCAAAGGCAAAUACUCCACUUCAAAGCAGAUGAGGAUUGCCACAAUCUCGCAGCUCAAAUCUUCAGUGGUGAAGGAUCUUGCAAAGCAGCUCACUCAGUGAGAUGACCAUGUUUGGCACAAUGUGCUGACUUGUACAGUUGAACUUUUUUACACAAUUGCACCGAUCCCAAGGAUGACUCGGUGGUUUGCAUUUUUACAGGUUGUGUAUUUCUAACUGGCCCUUUUCAAAGCAUGCUACAGGUAUUUCAUUAUUUAAUGGUAGGGCUGAAACUAUAUUGAUAUUCCACUACUUUAUAGAAUCUGUCAGUUUCUCAGACCAAAAAUUACCUCCCUUAAAUGUGUAGCACUCUUUUCACCAGGGAUAUUUGCAAUGUGAUAAUGCACUACUUACAGUUAGCUGAUUUGGCACAUUGAACACAAUAUUUUUCAACACUCAGAUGAUGCUACAGAUGGUAAUGUGAGUCUCAUGGGUUAACUGCUAUUUCAAAUGGAAACCUUGUAGCAUUGCUUUUAAAAUGGGUCAGCCAUGUUAAGGGUCCAGUGGAUAAUGGGACCAUUUUUAAAUUGGAUUUUCUUAAUGUGUGUGUGGCAGUGAAUGUGUGAAAUGUACAGCAAUACUUUUAAAAGUGAUUUUACUUUUGUGUUAAAGCCUUUAUUAAAUGUUUUUGACCAGAAA